AUUCAAAUAUGUAAUUAUUAGCAUAAAGGAAAGUAACUAAGAAGAUUCCCACGUAUUAAAUGCAAAUAAAAACGAAUCCUAAAAUGGAUCAAACGAUUCACACCAGUUAUGCAAUUUUCAAGGCGUUCAUUUCCCUUUCGCAAACGAUAUUCAUCCAAAUCAUCUAACUUUCUCUUCGCAUCACUUCAUGUUAUACAUCAAAUAACAAAAGAUUGCCUAUUUUAAUAUCGCCUGCGGUUAUUUGAUGGAUGAGAAAAAGCGUAAUGUCAGGGUUAAUGCGAACGAAAGCGAUACUUUUCUUAUUUGAAUUUUUAUUUUUCCCUCGCUCUUUUUAAACGACAUUAAGAAACAAAAACUUUUCACGGUUCAAAAUACUCUCGUCUGAAAUGAAGAUCAAAAAAGGAAAAGAAAAAAGUGGGACAUCGUGCGGUAUUACGCGUGACACUAAUCGUUUUCUUCAAGGGGUUUGAGAUGAGGUCUGGAGAAUCUUCCGGAUAACAGAACAAAACGGUGGUAUUCUUCAAAGUGGUGAGAUUUUAUUAGUAUUGGUUAGAGAGCAUCACAUGGAAGCGCAGACGAUAUGAGGGGGUCCUAUUGUUUGGUCAUUGUUACAGUUUUAAUCACUGUUUUGAAAUCCGCAACUUCUGUCAAAGUAGUAGUUAUCCGUGAGAAUUCUUCUUCCAGAUCAAUGGAAGAAUCUGAAGAACAAUCCAGUGGAGAAGAAUCUGAAGAAAUCGAUUUUAUAUUGGACCUCAUUCGGAAAAAAGAGAGUUCAGAGCAGAAAUCUCAGCCAACUACCAAAACCUUUAAAAUCAUUCGAAAGCAACAAAGCAAACAAAAGCCAAGCAGCAAGGAAAUAACUUCUGAAUCGAACAUUCACAAAGCAAGUGUUCCAAAGGAAGAACCGAAAAAGCCCAAAGAACAUAAAGAAUACCAUGUUCAUUAUCAUAGUCAUCAGCAUCAGUUGCCAGAAGAACCCUCAUUGAAAUUGGACGAAGAUAAAAUCCGACCAGUUUAUUGGGACUUAGGCAGCAGCAAUAUGGAAGAUUACCAACCAUACGUCAAGAAAUCCAAGAAAAUGACAAUGCUUUUGCCAUUUUCGGAUAAUGAAAAGUUCGAUGGUUUCAAAGAUUACAGCUCGCUACUGGACACAAAACUGAUACCUUCUUCUAGCGAUGAAUACGUCAUCGGCGAUAUAAGUAGUGACCAUCUAAAGGACUUUUCUUCCACUUUUGAAUCAGAGCUAUUAGCUAAGAAGUUAGAAUCCGACAGAAACCGCAAACUCAUCAAAAAAUAUCAAACUCUUUUGAAAUCAGCUGGCACCGUUCGUCCAAAAAUCAAUUAUUCUCAGAAAGAUUAUUCGGCUUCAUAUGAAACGAGUCAACCAGCAAAAGUUCCCACACGGAAGCCACAACAGUUGGUCAAACUAAAUAAACCUCGUUUGCAGAAAGAACGUUUUCCGAAUAAUCGUGAUAGAUUUGCUGGUUUCACCGAUUUUUCUUCAAUCGAGUCUCCACAACCUAAGGACACAAAUCCCAUAACACAACAAAGUUCAAAAGCAGAAGAAGGGUUGAUUUCUAAAGACUUUGGAUAUUUUGUUAAAGAUAAACCUCGGCAAACGUUCGCACCUUUGCCAAAGAUGAGAAACUUUCGUAAAAAUGCCCAACAAGUUAGACACAGACAUGGAGUUUUUAUUCCACCAGCAAAAGCCUCACCCUCACAAAACAUGCAACAGUAUAAAAAACGCCUCCCUAAGGUGCCAAGAGUUUUGACCGCUCCUGGAGGUAUACCACUACAGGUUGAAAGACUGAACCAAUUUAAAGCUAACCCUAAGAGUACAAAUUUAUCUUUACAAUAUUUGAACGCUCUUGAAACUGGAUCUCGACUUUUGCAUGUUCAACCAUUGAACAGACCGGAUUCUUUUUUCAGCAGACUUUAUAAUGGUUGGUAUUUGCAAAGAAUACAAAGGUAGUGACAAGUGUGUUUAUAGUAUUUAUGUAUUUCUAGUUCUUGAUCAUAUUUCUCUUAAUUUUUCAUAUCAGUAAGUUUUAUUUUUUUAAUUACAUCAGAGGAUUUAUGAGCAUAUCAUGUAAAUAUUUUUAGAGCUUGUUUUUAAUAAAGAAGAAAUAUAAA